ACACAACCGCUUUCAGUUUCCGAGCCCUGCCUGCCUGCCUGGUGGCUCCCCGCCCACCACUGCUCUCUGCUCUCUGCUGCCCGCCCGCCUGCUUGCCUGCCUGCCUGCCUGCUGGGCGGACUGGGGCAGAUCCGAGCCGACCAGUUCCGUGUUCUCUCCUCACCCAGUACACGGAGCAGACGGAACAGGAGGACCUGGCGGUGUCAUGGUGGACAUUCCUGCCCAGCCGCGGCAUCCAUAACUCCGGUGGGGAAGAGGGAAAGUGUACACGGAGGUAUCCCAUGUGAUCGCCAUUAGACGAAUGAAGACGUCGACAGCGGCAGCGCCAUAAUGAUGAACGAACAGACUAGGAUGAAGCGGACUACGUAGAAGCCUUUGGCCUCACUGUCGUCAACUGACUUCUGACCCCUCGUGGAUUAAAAAUGGCACUUUGGCUGAGACAGGAAGGGAAGCGAGACAUCUUACUCUCCAGGAAUUCUGGGAAAUUAAGAAACUUGUUUGUUUGAAACAGGAUUGUGUCUUUUUUUUUUCUCCUCUCAAUGGGAUUAACAUGGUUCAGUGAAGAUGGAAUAAGGUCAGAAUUGGAGAUAUUCCAAAAGAAAAACUGAUUACAAAAUAGAAUUUGAGUCAAGGAUGGAGCAGGAUUUCACACAGAAGGAUCUCUUAUCUCUGUCAUAAAUUGUGGAUAGUGAACACUAUAUAUAUGCACUAGCCUGGACUAACAUUAGCCAGUGUUGGUGAAGAUUCCAGCUCUUUACACCCAACGUUAGCCUGUGACUGCUAUCUUUUCCAUUCCUUAUUAUUGUGAAUGGACGUCUGACACUUCUAAAGCUAGAAGGUGACUUUUCCCUGGUUCCUAUCUUGCUGUAGCAUUGCUUAAAAACAAAAAAACAAAUAAGAAAAAAGAAAACUCCAAACAUGGCUGCUACAGGAAGGAAGCACUUGGUGAAAGACUUUAACCAUUUCAUCACCUGUUACCUGUGCCGAGGUUACCUGAUUAAACCGACCACGGUCACCGAGUGCCUGCACACCUUCUGUAAGAGCUGUAUUGUGCAGCACUUUGAGGAGAGCAAUGACUGUCCUAAAUGUGGCAUUCAGGUGCAUGAGACCAAUCCACUGGAGAUGCUCAGGUUGGACAACACCCUGGAGGAGAUCAUUUUCAAGCUGGUGCCCGGACUCAGAGAAAAAGAGGAACAGCAGGAACUUGAAUUCUGGAAGAAGAACCAGCCCAGAGAAAACGGCCAAGCAGAAAACGUGAGGCGCCAGAGGCUCGGGCUGCCUGAUGUUGGAGGUGAUUAUGGCGGUGGCGGUGGUGAUGAAGAUGAAGACGGCGGCAAUGAAGACUACCACAGGAGUGACCCUCAGAUAGCCAUCUGUCUGGACUGCUUACGCAACACGGGACAGUCGGGGGAGAGCACUGUCACGGAUUUGAUGAAGAGGUUCAUCCGCUGCUCCAGUAGAGUCACAGUGGGAACAAUUAAGAAGUUUCUCAGUCUUAAACUAAAGCUGCCUAGCUCUUACGAGCUGGAUGUGCUGUGUAACGGAGAGAUCAUGGGCAGAGAUCACACUCUGGAGUUCAUCUACAUGACCCGGUGGAGGCUUCAUGGAGAGAAUACGUAUCCCAUGGUUCUUGAGUACCGGCCACGAAUCGACUUUGGCUGAACCCCCAGCUGCAAGAAGAGGACCACACACACACACACACACACACACACACACACCGGCAUAUGCAGACAUACAUGACAAGUAUAUAAAACAUUAGAAAUGCGUACAUUUGCACAUGGACAAACACAAAACACACACAAACACCAACAUACACUCGCCCACCAUGUGCAGAGAAAGAGAUUUAAAUGUAUUUUUGUACAGCCAAUGAUGAAGUGCAUACGUUGUCAUGCUAAAGAGGUUUUAUGCUACAUAGAAUAAUAUAUGCUAUAAUAUAUGAUAUUUUUAAAUGUAUGUCCCUGUGCCUAAAAACCUGUCGAGGUCAGAAAUGAAGUAUGACCAUAUCUUCACUUUGCCUGUCUAACUCUGUAGAUUAAAUGUUGAUUUUCUACUGUU